UUUUUAGGUUUUGUGCAGGCACCAGCGUCUGGCACUGGUGGGAUCACGUUUGGGUGCUUUUACUGUGUAGUUGUGUAAGCGAUAAGAUAAAGCUACCUGUGCUGCGCGUCACAUGGAUUGGUACCUUGCAGCUGAAGCUCUUUUCCACUUCUCCCAUUUUAGAACUUUCCUUCCAUCUUACAGUCCGCUUUAGGCAGAGGAAUUCAAAUGGCCUUUCUUUCGAGCCAGAGGCCCCACAACCAAACAACCUCCAUUCGGUGACUCCCGGAAAGACACACGCGACAUGCGCCCCGCCCGCCCUGUCGCCACAGCGCCUCGUCUUGACACUGCCAUCAUCCAAGCGCCGGAGCCUAUCCAUUUGGACCAUCAGCGAUGACUGACCCUGGCAUCGAUCGCCCCGGGUCCCGAGGACACCCUGCCUCGCCUGUUCCGCCGAGCCCACGUCCGUCAGUAGCCAGCCGGGCCAGCAGGUCAAGCCUGCGACGAGACCACGAGCGUCUAGAGGGUCAAGCCCAUCCUCGGCCGGCGUCCCCCCACGUAGCCACGGCAGCGUCUGUCGAGGAACACCCUCCCCCGCCAUCCCCGUCACCCUUGCAGCCCGCUCACCCACCGUUCUCGCCGAUUUUCACCUUGAUCAACUCCACCGCGCUCUCAUCCAAUCGGCAAACGGUGCAUCAUCCGACCGUCCACUACGUGUUUGCCGAUGACGACCCGGAAAUACUGACGGCCGCUCUGGCGCACCAUCACCGCGGAGCCUACGAGGACGGCGGUGGAGCGGGCAGCCCGAACAGCCCCGUCGACCGCGCUAUUCUCCUGGACAUGGAGCCUACGGCUGACGGCGCCGGCUACCAGGUGACAUGGGCCAGCAGCCUAACCCCAGACUGGGCGGUGACAUCGACUCAGUUGAGCCGGGUUGAAGGCGGCGGCGGUGGCUCGGCCUCGGGACCCAACGGCAAUUUGGUCCUGAAGAUCGAAGGAGUGAGCAUCGAGCCGGCGGCUGGGCCCCUGGGCAAGGCGGCGACGCCGGAAGCAGAGCUGCACUCUCCUGGCGGCAGCGGCGGAAGGCAGCCGCCGCCGCCGGCUGCUGAGGAGUACGCCGACUUGAUCCAGGACUUCGAAAGGCGGAUGUCGACUUUGCGGAAGGCGGUCGAGGCUGGGGCGGCACGGCAGCGAGCACUUGGAGAUACCCAUGGGCAAUUUUCCGAAGGCACGCCCUUAGAUAACAGGGUCACUGACCCUUUCCGGCCCGGGACUGGCGUCGACGAAACAUGAUUCCCGUCAAGCCUGGACGGCGCAAGGGCCAUCGACUCAUAGUCCCCUGGCCGUUCUCCUGGCCACCGGCUCACCCUUGUCUUCCGACCAGUGGCGUCGCGCACGAUGAGUGUUCUGGGCUUGGGGGUGCCGUCGUUAUUACAGCUGGGCAGGCUAGAUUUGUGUGGCCUUGAUCGCGCUACGUUCCACUAUUUGUCAUCUCGGGUGCGCCG